UUCUCACGACAAGUACAGCGGAUACGACCACAACACGGCAAUCACCCACUGUCGAUGUAACCUCUUUUCAAAUGACAACUACAGCGGAUAUCACCACAACACACCAACCAACAACUGUCAAAACAACCACUGUUCCCGAUACAAGUAUAACGAAUACCAUCACAUCUAAAGAAUCAACUACUGCCGAUACAACCACUCUUCUCGCGACAAGUACAGCGGAUAUCACAACACCAAAAGAAUCAACAACUGUGGAUACAACUACUUUUCCCGAGACAGGUACAACGGAUAUCACCACAACAAAAGAACCAACAAGUGUGGAUACAAAAACCUUUUCCGAGACAAGUUCAACGGAUAUCACCACAACAAAAGAAUCUACAACUGUCGACGCCACCACUUUUCCCACGACAAGUACAGCGGAUAUGACCACAACAAAAGAAUCUACAAGUGUCGAUGCCACUACUUUUCAAAUGACAACUACAGCGGAUAUCACCACAAAAAAAGAAUCAACAACGGACAAAACAACCACUAUCCCCGAUACAAUUACAACGGAUACCACCACAUUUAAAGAAUCAACAACUGCCGAUACAACCGCUUUUCUCGCGACAAGUACGGCGGAUAUCACAACACCAAAAGAAUCAACAACUGUGGAUACAACCGCUUUUCCCGCAACAAGUACAACGGAUAUCACCACAACAAAGGGAUCAACAACUGCGGAUACAACUACUUUUCCCGAGACAAGUACAACGGAUAUCACCACAACAAGCGAAUCAACAACUGUCUACACAACCACUUUUCCCAAGACAAGUACAAGGGAUACCACCACAACAAAGGAAUCAACGACUGUCGACGCCACCACUUUUCCCACGACAAGUACAGCGGAUAUGACCACAACAAGGCAAUCAACGACUGUCGAUGUAACCUCUUUUCAAAUGACAACUACAGCGGAUAUCACCAAAACAAAAGAACCAACAACUGUCAAAACAACCACUGUUCCCGAUACAAUCACAACGGAUACCACCACAAGUAAAGAAUCAAUAACUGCAGUUACAACUUCUUUUCCUGCGACAAGUACAGCGGAUAUCACCACAACAAAAGAAUCUACAAGUGUCGAUGCCACUACUUUUCACACGACAAGUACAGCGGAUAUGACCACAACAAAGGAAUCAACAACUGACAAAACUACCACUAUCUCCGAUACAAGUACAACGGAUACCACCACAUUUAAAGAAUCAACAACUGCCGAUACAACCGCUUUUCUCGCGACAAGUACGGCGGAUAUCACAACACCAAAAGAAUCAACAACUGUGGAUACAACCGCUUUUUCCGCAACAAGUACAACGGAUAUCACCACAACAAAGGGAUCAACAACUGUGGAUACAACUACUUUUCCCGAGAUAGGUACAACGGAUAUCACCACAACAAAAGAAUCAACAACUGUGGAUACAAAAACUUUUCCCGAAACAAGUACAGCGGAUAUCACCAUCACAACAAUAGAAUCUACAACUGUCGACGCCACCACUUUUCCCUCGACAAGUACAGCCGAUAUGACCACAACACGGCAAUCACCCACUGUCGAUGUAACCUCUUUUCAAAUGACAACUACAGCGGAUAUCACCACAACACACCAACCAACAACUGUCAAAACAACCACUGUUCCCGAUACAAGUACAACGAUUACCAUCACAUCUAAAGAAUCAACAACUGCCGAUACAACCACUCUUCUCGCGACAAGUACGGCGGAUAUCACAACACCAAAAGAAUCAACAACUGUGGAUACAACUACUUUUCCCGAGACAAGUACAACGGAUAUCACCACAACAAACGAAUCAACAACUGUCGAUGCCACAACUUUUCAAAUGACAAGUACAGCGGAUAUCACAAUAAAAGAAUCUACAACUGUCGAUGCCACUACUUUUCCCACGACAAGUACAGCGGAUAUGACCACAACAAAGGAAUCAACAACUGAAAAAACAACCACUAUCCCCGAUACAAGUAUAAUGGAUAUCACCACAACAACGGAAUCUACAACUGUCGAUGCCAUCACUUUUCCCACGACAAGUACAGCGGAUAUGACCACAACAAGGCAAUCACCGACUGUCGAUGUAACCUCUUUUCAAAUGACAACUAUAGCGGAUAUCAUUUCAACAAAACAACCAACAACUGUCAAAACAACUACUGCUCCCGAUACAAGUACAACGAAUACCAUCACAUUUAAAGAAGCAACAACUGCCGAUACAACCACUCUUCUGGCGACAAGUACGGCGGAUAUCACAACACCAAAAGAAUUAACAACGGUGGAUACAACUACUUUUCCCGAGACAGGUACAACGGAGAUCACCACUACAAAAGAAUCAACAACUGUGGAUACACAAACUUUUUCCGAGCCAAGUACAACGGAUAUCACCACAACAAACGAAUCAAUAACUGAAAAAACAACCACUAUCCCCGAUACAAGUAUAAUGGAUAUCACCACAACAAAAGAAUCUACAAGUGUCGAUGCCACCACUUUUCCCACGACAAGUACAGCGGAUAUGACCACAACAAAGGAAUCAACGACUGUCGAUGUCACCUCUUUUCAAAGGACAAGUGCGGUGGAUAUCACAACAACAAAAGAAUCAACAACUGUCAAAACAACCACUAUUCCCGAUACAAAUACAGCCGAUAUGACCACAACAAAGGAGUCAACAACUGACAAAACAACCACUUUCCCCGAUACAAGUACAACGGAUAUCACCACAACAAAAGAAUCUACAACUGUCGAUGCCACCACUUUUUCCAUGACAAGUACAGUGGAUAUGACCAAAACAAAGGAAUCAACGACUGUCGAUGUCACCUCUUUUCAAAUGACAUCUACAUCGGAUAUCACCACAACAAAAGAAUCAACAACUGCCCACACAACCACUUUUCCCAAGACAACUACAACGGAUAUCACCACAACAAAGGAAUCAACAUUUCUCGAUGCCACCACUUUUCAAAUGACAAGUAAGGCGGAUAUCACAACAAAAGAAUCAACAACUGUCAAAACAUCCACUAUUCCCGAUACAACUACAACAGAUACCACCACAUUUAAAAAAUCAAUAACUCCAGUUACAACUUCUUUUCCCGCGACAAGUACAGCGGAUAUCACCACAACAAAAGAAUCUACAACUGUCGAUGCCACAACUUUUCCCACGACAAGUACAGCGGAUAUGACCACAACAAAGGAAUCAACGACUGUCGAUGUCACCUCUUUUCAAAUGACAACUACAGCCGAUAUCACCACAACAAAAGAAUCAACAACUGCCUGCACAACCACUAUCCCCGAUACAAAUGCAGCGGGUACCACCACAACAAAAGAAUCAACAACCGUGGAUAAAGCAACUUUUUUCGAGACAAGUACGACGCAUAUCACCGAAACAAAAGAAUCAACAACCGUGGAUACGGCCACUUUUCCCGAGACAAGUACGACGGAUAUCACCGAAACAAAAGAAUCAGCAACUGUUGUUACGUCUAGUACCUUAGCAACCACUGAUGUAGAAACAAUUGCAGUAGAUACCGCAACAAUAAGUAGCUUGACAAGUCCUAAUGUUAUAAUUGCGGAAACUACUGCAGAAGCAACAAGUGCUGAAUUAACUGUUGGAACGACUGCUGUUGACACAUUUAAUGUUGGGAAAACAACCAUACCUGAUGUUACCACUUCAUUAGACUCAACUGAUAAUACUACCUUAACAAGUGUUGGGGUUACAUCUACAAUAGAUUCAAUAACUGUUGGGGUUACAUCAACCAUUGAAAACACUGAUCUUGGAAUGAGCACUGUUGCGGAAUUAAGUACUUCGCAUAGUACAAUGGGAGAUUCAUCAUUUACAGCGGUUUCUGGUGAAAUAACUGCUAUUGCAACAACUGCACAAGAUCAUACCGUUAUGGUUGACUUGACACGAACCGAAGUGACACCUCAUCGUACCGCUGUGUUGGAUGCAACUGCAGCGGACAUCACCACAAUAGAUUCAACCCAGAUGCAACCAACUCCUGGCACAACCUUUAAUGGUGAUACUACUAAUGUUGUAGAUACAACUCUACAAGAUGCUACAGCUCUAGUAUCCUUAACCACUUAUGAGGUUACCGGCAUUGAAACUUCUAUAACGACUGCUUUGGAGGCAACUACAGCAGACCUCACCACAAUAGAUUUAGCAAAUUCUGAUGUUAUAUCAGCUGUUGGAAUAACCACCCUUGAUAUUACAAGCGUUUCGGAGACAAGCACGCAUGUUGUAAAUACGACAAUAGGUUCGACAAGGACUGAAGCUUUUGAAAAAACGACUGCUGAUGAGGUAGCCACUUUUACGAACUCAAGUAAACCAGAUAGCACAAUGAUAGAUCAAACAAUUGUUGAAAAUACUUCACUUUAUACUCCAACUUCUGAGACAGGUACGCAACAUGCAAUAACAAUAGACACAACUGCUGAAAUUAAAACGGCCGCUGAAACCUCUGUUGAGACAGUCGCUGUUUCCAAUACUAACUCGAUUGUCAUGACUCAAGAUCUGACAACUAUGGAAAUUACAACUACCGAUUUAAAUACUGUUGAAACAAUCACCUUCCCGGGGUCAAAUACACAAAUUAUCACAACGUCAGACGCAUUAACUACCAACGUUGCCACCGAAGUAACUUCCGUCAAGGAAGCCACUUAUCAGGCAACAACUAUACCAACCGCCGUUACUGCAUCUGAUGCAACAACCGUUGAGACAACAAAUCUACCUGACGUAAUUUCCAGAGAUUUCACGAGGACAACCUCCUUCACUACUACCCCUAUCCCUACCGAUGGUACCACGGGUGCAACUACACCUUUGGCGACCACUAUCCUCUCUGAGGCAACUUCUCUACACGCGAGCAUGUUAGCACACUUAUCGAGUGAGGCUACAACAAAUGGCUUAAAUACCGUUGAUGCAUCAAGUGAUGUUGAGAAUACACCGGAUUUAACAACGGUAGCUUCAACAACUGAGAUAACUGACGCACCUCGUCGAACAACUGCACCGGGUGACGCUACAAAUAUGUACUCAACGGCUGAAGCUUUGACUGUAAAAUCCUCUCCAGGUCAGCCAACUACUGUUUCUACGACAUCGUUUUCAGAUGACACAACGAAAGAAACUACGAGCAAUAUUCCUUCAACAGAGGUCAGUUCUAUUAAAACAGACACUGCUUGGAUGACCAGCACUUCUACGGAAACAGCUAAAUCGGAUGUCACAACAGUACGAAAUACACCUGAGGUAACAACCAAUGGUUUGACGAAUAAUUUGAUGACAACAAACUCUGGGAAAAAUGAAAAACCCACUACCACAGAGACACAUGUUACCGGUGCUGUGACAACGUAUUUGGGGACAUCUUUAGCAACCACAGAGUCACCUGACAGUAUCUCAGCGACAGGAGUAAACACAAGAGUUGCAAUCACGUCAACAGUAUCUUUCAACAACACUGGUGAUACUCUCCCAACUGAUACCACGGCAGCACAGACAACCGAACAUGAUGUCACCUCACAAGUGCAAAUCACCAAUAAUCAAGUGUGUCCGUUAACUGCAGCUAGUUGCUUGGGUGGAGGUUUUUUUGAUGGUGAUAACUGUGAAUGCGUUUGCCCACAAGGCGUGUCAGGGAUCACAUGUACAGAGGUUAACCGCUGCAUAGUGACACCAUCCCCAUGUAACGGUGAGGGUCAGUAUUGUUUAGCUGAUCCAUAUGCCAAUUCAGCCGGAUACACCUGCGGAUGCCGUGUCUUGGACCAAUACAUCAACAAUGGAACUGAGGGCUUCUGCAUAAAUACCAGAACCAUUACAACUAUACUACGUGUUCUUGGCAUGAAUGGCACUGCAGUAAGCUUCCAGUCUGUAUUCAGCAACCCACAGUCAGCGGCUUCAAAGAUGUUUUUGGGAAUUGUAACAGCUACGAUUGAGAGACACCUGAAAAUGAAUGCAUUGACUGCUGUGAUCGACAAGGUACUUGGUGUCUAUCUGCAGCCAGGUAGUGUGUUGGUUACCAGCGUUGUAUUAGUACCAGCUACGUCACCCAUCACCGCUGAUAUGAUCAUGAAGAUUUUAGAGGAUGACUCCCAAUCAGGGAAAGUACUAUCCGAUGGCCAGACCACACUCAAUGUAGACCCAGUAGUAAAAGCAAAAGAUUCAACUACGGCAUGCGCAGUUGACUUCUGUCUGAAUGGAGGAACCUGUGAUGUCUCUGGAUAUUAUCCGCUGUUAGAAUACACAUGCAGGUGUGGUGCUUCGUUUACGGGGCCUCGAUGCCAGUUUCUUGUGGUAGAGGUCACCACAGAGACUCUUAAUGACCCUGAAAAGAGAAACCCAACAGCUCCUUUAUGGACUAUCGGGAUCGUGAUUAUGGGAGGUGCAGCUAUAGUCCUGGGUCUGUUUGGUAUGUACGCAUGCCUAGGGAGACAAAGGUACAAGGCUGAUGGCAUAUACGCAGGCAGGAGGAGAGAACCGUGGGGUGCACGCGAGAAGAAUUUGGUGUUUUCCAUACGUCCAGGUCCUUAUGGACAGCGCACCAUACCCAGACUUCUGAACACUAGACAGACCAGCCAACUCACACAGUCCCAAUCGUCCUACGAGCAACAGGUUUGUUUUGGACUUAAGUAG